UCGCGAAUGAGAAUGCGGCACUCUUUUCAGGAGCGGUCUUUCCACCACACACGAGAUUAAUCGAGGUGCAACAACGUUCGACGAAACUUCGACAAUGUAAGAGAACGACAACGCGCCGACCUAAAGACGACGAAGAUCAGCAACGUGCACGUGCACACAGCACGCUUUUCCGGCAGCCGGCGCACGUUCGUUCUGCUCGCUUUUUUUCUGCGGCGGUCAUCUAAGGCAGGCAAGCAGGAGACGAAAGAGCUGAGAACACUUUCUUCGACUGGCGCGAAAGCGGUCAUGAGUCGCCUAGCUGAAGAGGGAGCCGUGCCGAUGGCGUGCAACGGAAGCUGCGGCAUCAUAUCAAUUCCACCUUCGUCCUUCAUCUGCGACUUGGACCACGGCAGCUUCGUCCUCUCACCCUCCGGCGUGCCGUCGACCGGAUCUCCUCCCUCGGCCAUGGUGUCGAUGGAAACCCUGCUGGCCCCCGCGGAUUCAGCCGAGCAGGAUGCCACGUCGUGGCCCCAGGAGGAGGUAGUAGACUCCACGACGCCGGCCUGCGACGACAGCUCCCUGGCGUCGGCCACUCAACCUCGGGCGUCCGCCGAGUCGCUUAGCCUUAGCAACAGUAGCGACGGCGCGCCUACAUGCCGCAUCUGCUUCUUCGGAGACGCGAAGCAGCCGUUGUUGGAGCCCUGCAACUGCCGUGGGACUAUUGGCUUCGUCCACCGGGACUGCCUGGAGCGGUGGAUUCAGCGAACAGUGGACCCACAGUGCCAGGUCUGCCAUUACCAUUUCACGGUCCGCAAGCAGGCAGAGCCGGCAUGGCGCCUGCUGUUCGAUGUCGAGGCCCGCCGCCCCGUGCUCGGGUACAUGGUCUUGGGCGCGCUCUUUGCACUGAGCAUCGCGUUCAUCUUCACGCUGGCCUGGUUGUACGCGGUGUGCCUGCCCGCCCGUGUCGGAGACAAGCUGGCCGCCACCGUGGUCGUGCUGUUGGCCGUGCAAAACAUCCUCUGGCUGUACUUUCCUUUUGUUAGCUUCACGUACUCGUACAAGGCGUUUAAGAAGUGGCACGAGGAGAGUACCUGCCUGAAGCUCGUGCUCAGCACCGACGAGACCAACGUGGCCACGUGGUCCAACCUGCGCUUCUGGCGUGCGGCAGGCGGCUCCCGAGACCCCGUGUUGGCUUUUGGCGGCACUCAAUAAAGACGCCAGAGGGCGUGAAAAGAGCUGG